CACGCAGACGCGCCGCGAUGGUGGGCCGCGACAGCCGCUCUGUGAGCGCGGCGCGCCCCUGGGCGCCGCGGCAUGAGUAGCGCCCGCCCGGCCGGCCCGCGCGCCCGCCAUGGCGCAGGCCGCGCCCGCGCCUCACCGCACGCACUCCUUCGCCAAGAAGACCUUCCACAAGCCCACCUACUGCCACCACUGCUCGGAUCUCCUCUGGGGCCUCAUCGGCCAGGGCUACGGCUGCGAAGUGUGCAACUUCAUAGUGCACGAGCGUUGCGUGGGGCAAGUGGUGACGCCAUGCUGCGGGGUAGCGCCGAGCCUCAUCAAAAACCCAGUGGCCCACUGUUGGUCCGAGCCGGCCCAUCACAAGCGGAAGUUCUGCACGGUGUGCCGGAAGCGGCUCGAUGAACUGCCCGCUUUACAUUGUAUGAUAUGCGAGUACUAUGUCCACGGCGAAUGCGUGGACUUCGCAGCCGCGGACUGCAAGGAGAACGCGACGUACUGCGCGGGCUCCGAGCCGCGGCCCGCCCACCACUGGCGCGAGGGCAACCUGCCCGCCAACUCCAAGUGUACGGCUUGCCGGCGCGCCUGCUGCUCGGCGGAAUGCCUGACUGGGUACAGAUGCGAGUGGUGCGGGAGCACGUGCCACGCGGGAUGUCGGUCGCUGAUACCGGAGGAAUGCAACUUCGGGAUGCUCCAGCCCAUCUUCCUUCCUCCUUCGGCGGUCUCCAUCCCCCGCACAGAAGUCCCCAUGGAGGCCAUCAUCGGCGUCCACGUGCGCCCGCCUCCCUCGCAACGGGACUUCGGCUGCCCGCGCAGCGUUAGCGAGGAGUUCUCCUCGGGCUGCGAGGGCCGCUCGGGCUCCGGAGGGGGCUCCACCGGCGCCCCGGCCGACCAGGACCACCGGCCUGAUCACAAGCAACACCGGGAUCGGACGCCAGACGACAGAGAUGAAGAGGUAGUAAAGGUAUACGACGGCGAAGCCGCGUGGUCGCGCCGGCUGUACCGGCCCGUGGUGGUGGGCCGCAACUGGAACGAGCGGGAACUGGUGUCCGCGGCGCUGCGGGCCUUCCACGUGGCGCGCGAGCCCGAGCAGUUCGAGCUGACCGACGCGCUCGCCGGCGACGAGCAUCCGCUCAAGGACCCGACGCCGCUGGCGCGAGUGACCAGGCUGCCGAACAAGCGGCCUGCGCUCUUCCUACGCUUCAAGGAACCGGAGACGGGCGGCGGCGUGGUCCGCGUGUACCCGGGCCGGAUCGCCGGCGCCGGCGAGACGUACGUCACCGUGCCGUGCCGGGGCGAGCACACCGUCGCCGACCUGAUGGCCACGGCGCUGGAUCACUUCGGGCUCGACCCGGCACAGGCUACGCAGGACUACCGCUGCUCUGAGAUCCUACUUGAUCGCGGGGUAUCGGAGCGAGUGUUAGAAGAGGAGGAGCGACCGUGGCGCAUCGUGGUCCGGCUGGCCCGGGAGUCCGUGCGGCGGAUGGAGCUGGCGCGCUUCUACCUGCAGCCGCGGCGCGACCCGCACGGGCCCACGCUCGCGCUGUUCGUGGCGUCGCUGCCGCCGGGCCUGUCCGAGAGGAACUACGAGAACAUCCUCGUGGAGAUCCUUGGAGCCGACAACAAGUUUACCUCGAUCGGUCCCAUCUACUACGAGUACGGGUCAAUGGUGAUCACCUACGAGGACGCAAGCAAAGCGGUGCGCGCGCUCUACGCUCUCAGAGAGGCCAAAUAUGAAGAUAAGCAUUUAUUAGUGAUGCUGCUGCCCAGCAUCGAGCCGGCGCAGGUGCCGGCGGGGGUGAAGCCGCUGCUGGUGUUCGUGAACGUCAAGUCCGGCGGCUGCCAGGGCCUGGAGCUCAUCAACUCCUUCCGCAAGCUCCUCAACCCCUACCAAGUCUUCGAUUUAGAGAACGGCGGCCCGCUUCCUGGGCUGUACGUGUUUCGUCACAUUCCCAACUACAAGAUCCUGGUGUGCGGCGGCGAUGGCACCAUCGGCUGGGUGCUGCAGUGCCUCGACAACGUCGGCCAGGACUCGCAGUGUUCCAAUCCUCCUUGCGCCAUCGUACCCCUGGGCACAGGUAACGACCUAGCGCGCGUUCUGCGCUGGGGCUCCGGCUACACGGGCUGCGAGGACCCGCUGUCCCUUCUCCGUGACGUCAUCGACGCGGAGGAGAUCCGCCUCGACCGCUGGACCGUGGUGUUCCACCCCGAGGACAAACAGGACGAGCCGAAGGAGCUCUCCAAACAGUUGCCUGGGUCGCAGAGCGAAGACAACUCGCAGAUCCUGGUGAUGAACAACUACUUUGGGAUCGGAAUCGAUGCGGACCUCUGUCUCGACUUCCAUAACGCUAGGGAGGAGAAUCCCAACAAAUUCAAUAGCAGGCUCCGCAACAAGGGUGUGUACGUGAAGAUGGGUCUGCGCAAGAUGGUGGGUCGCAAGAUGUGCAAGGACCUGCACAAGGCGGUGCGACUGGAGGUGGACGGGAAGCAGGUGGAGCUGCCUGCCGUCGAGGGCAUCAUCAUUCUCAAUAUACUCAGCUGGGGCUCGGGCGCCAACCCCUGGGGCCCGGAGAAGGACGACCAGUUCAGCAAGCCCAACCACUGGGACGGCAUGCUGGAGGUGGUGGGCGUCACCGGCGUGGUGCACCUCGGGCAGAUCCAGUCGGGGAUGCGCGGCGCCAUGCGGAUAGCGCAGGGAGGCCACAUAAAGAUCAACCUGAAGAGCGAGAUCCCCGUGCAAGUGGACGGGGAACCUUGGGUGGCAGCGCCUAGCGAAGUCGUGGUCCUCAAGUCCGCGCUCAAGGCCUGCAUGCUCAAGCAGCGCGGCAAGGUGCGCCGCCGCAACACCGAGCCGGCCAUGCCGCCGCCGCCGCCGCAGCCGCCGCCCCCGCCGCCGCCGCCGGACACCUGAAUCUGGCUCAGCGAGCGCCUCAUCUGAGCGCCUGCGCCUGCCUCGGGCUCAAGGCAAGCGCGCGCGCCGGCGCUCGCUGCAGCAUCAUGAGUGCAGGCCG